GGGCAAUUGGCCCAAGGCCAACAAGCUGAGAUGUCUUGGCUGCCCCGGGGAAAUCCAAUUAUGAGCGUGUUGUUAAUCGCACGCGUCUCGGCGAGAUAUUGGGACGCUGGGCAUUUCUGGGGUUCUGGGGUAUAUAUCGAGGGGACGCGAUCCACCUUGUGGAGAGGUCGAUCAGCUUCGUUCUUCUCUCUUAUACCCAUUUUCUUAAUUCUCUCUUUAGUGAAUAGCUGUUUGAGAACUAGGCAAUCAUGGCUGUCGCCGAAAAAGGCCAGAAGCCAGGCAUGGCCAAGAGAAUCUUUCUCAUGCUCGCACCAGACUCAGCAAAAGACGACGAUGGCCGCGAUAACUUCAACUCCCGCUCGCAAUUCGUCCUCUGCGCCAUGGGCGGUGCUGUCGGUCUAGGAAACCUGCUGCGCUUCCCCUCCGUCGUCUUCAACAACUACGGUCUGCAGUUCUUCAUCCCCUACGCCGUCGCGCUCUUCCUCAUCGGUAUUCCAAUCCUCAUCCUCGAAAUCACCCUUGGUCAGGCCUAUCGCGGUGGUUGUGUUAUCGCCUGGAAUAAUGUGAACCAUCGCGCUAAGGGUAUUGGACUGAGUAUGGUGUUCAAUGGCUUUAGUGUUGUUGGAUACUAUGUUCCGAUUCUGGCGUGGGCUAUGACUUAUUUCAGGAUGUCGUUUCAGAGCCCGUUGCCGUGGGAUGGCGAGGAUACGGUGGAUUUUUUUAAUGAGAGGGUUGUUCGCAACAUUCCUGCUACCGGUGGUGCUGAUGACGGUGGUGGUUUGAAGCAUUAUCCUGGUCGUGGCAUCGUUGGUGAGACGUUUGGCUGGUGCGUCAUGAUCUGGUUCGUCGUGUGGAUGUGUACCUUCAAGGGUGUUGGUCUCACUGGCCGUGUCAUCUACAUCACCAUGGCUCUCCCCCUCAUCAUGAUUGGCAUUCUCGCUAUUCGGUCCCUCUCCCUCCCCAACGCCUCUGAUGGUUUCAGACUCUAUGUCGGCACGUGGCGAAGCGAGUCUCUUGAGGGUCCUCGCGUAUGGCAAGACGCCUUUGGCCAGAUGUUCUUCUCCAUUGGUGUCGGUUUCGGCUACUUCACCUCCUACGCAUCAUACAACAACAAGUUCGCCAACGCUGUCCAAGAUGCUUUCAUCAUUGCUCUCAGCAACUCCGCAAUUGAGAUCAUCUCAGCAUUGGCUGUCAUGGGCGUUGUCGGCUUCCUCGCCAUCAACCCCGGCGAGGUCGAUCCUCUCUCCACCUUCAGCUCUGGUUUCUUCUACUAUCCCCAGGCUCUUGCUCAGAUGCCCGGAUCCAACUUCUUCUCUGCUCUGUUCUUCAUCACAUUGGUCCUUCUUGGACUCACAUGUGUCUUUGCCCUCGCUGAGGUCCUCGUCACUCUCAUCUGCGAUACCAACAUUGGUCAGCGCAUUCCUCGAUGGAUCAUCUCAACCUCUGUCAUCAUCCUCGGCUGCCUUACUUCACUCAUCUACAGCAGUGAGUUUGGCUUCAGUGUUCUCGAUGCUGUUGAUGCCUUUGUCAACGAUGUCGCUCUCUUCAUCACUGUCUGGUCAGAGACUUAUAUGGCCUGCACGCUUUACCGAUGGAAGGAUCCCGUCGAUCAGAUCGGCUUCAUCAGCUACUUCGUUUACAAUGGCGGCUAUGUUUUGUCUCUCUUCCUUGGCCUUCUGAUUGGUCAUGUCGUCAGCGCCCCUGCCGGUGCUGGUGUUGGCUUCGGUAUCUUCAUCGCCUGUGCUCUUAUCUCUGCUUUUGUUGGCAAGACCCCUUCAAUCCCUGCUCCCCGAUUCUGGGGAAACAAUCCCAUUCUCAGCCGAUUCUGGUACGCGGCUUUUUACUCGGGCAACCAAAUCCGUCGCGAUCUCAACAAUGCCAUCCUCGGUGGCCAGACGAAUUGGAAGAUUCACUGGGUAUGGCCUAUUUGUUUAAAAUACAUCACAGGUCCUGCCGUUGCCCUUGUCUUCUCCUUCGCCUAUCCCAAGUUCCUCAACAACUACUCCGAUGACCCUCCCUUCAUCUACAGCUUUGUUCUCAUGCACAUGGUCGUCAUCUUCAUCAUCGGUGCAUUCCUUGCUCCUCGCUUCCUCAACAUUCUCAUCCCAUCUCACCGUCUUGAGCGUGGUGAUGGAAAGUAUGAUGUUGCACCUCAGAUGACUAUUGACAACCGCCCUAUCGUUGACAACGGUGGCCUUGAGGGCGGUCACGGUGAUAUUGAUGCUGCUCACCACAGUGCUAGUGCUGAUGGAAACAGCAUGGAAGCUGAUAAGGGCGUAUUCCAACCGAAGGAUGAGACCGCGAGGUUUGAGACUCCUGUUGAGCCGCGACAGUAGAGCUUGUCGUUCAGAUAACCAGUCUCUCUUUUCGCCAUCAUCACAAGACAUCACUGAGAAGGUUUUUAUGAAUAAAGAUCUUUGAGAUAGGUUCUCUCGUUGAUAGUGGCUCGUCACUUUCACUCAUAUUAUUAAACAACUUCCACUUCAUCUCUAUCUUUCAUAUCUUUCAAAUCUGCUAUCCCUCCGUGACCAAACAGAGCUUUAAUCUUUCCAACUCUGAUGAGAUCCUGUAGUCCUCAAUUGUUUCCUAUUCGAUAAGGUAUAGACCCUCAUCUGGUGGAGGUUUCCCAUACCAGUCAAGUCCAAGCUUAUCCUCAGGAUCAGGAUCUUCCAUCUGAUAAUACCCAUCAUAUCUCCACCAUUUCCUAUCCUUAAACACAUCCUCCACCGGAAGUACCCCCUCAGCCUUCAUCUCAUCGCUAACUUUCUCAACACCUGCCCAAACUCUAAGAGUAUUCUCGCCAACAACCAUGGCCAGUUGCUCUUCAGUAGCUCCACGAUCAAGAAUAGCCUUCAGAAGAUGGGGAUAACAUUUCACAUCUUCAAGCCCUGGGAUUACGCUAGCGAUUCCAUCAAAGUCUGAGCCAAGGCCGACGUGAUCCCAGCCAAUGCGAUUGGCGAUGUAGAAUAGAUGAUCGAUUACCAUCUCCAUCUUGGCAUCUCUACGCCGGGUGGUGACAUGCUCUGGGACGAAAGUGACCAUAAUUAUACCACCGUUGACGGGAACCUUGUCGAGGAUGUAAUCGGGAACAUUUCGGGGGCAGUCGAAUACUCCUAUUGCGUUGGAGUGGGAGAACAUGACCGGGGCUCGGGAGAGGUCGAGAACUUGGCUCGCGCAGUCUUCUGAGACAUGAGAAAGAUCGACAAUCAUGCCUACGGGGUUAGCUCAGCGUAAAGCGGAUGUGAAAGUGGCGUACCGAGUCUGUUCAUCUCCUUGAUAGCGGCCCUUCCUAGGUCAGAUAGGCCACCAUGAACAGGUCCUAUCUUUGAAGUGGAACUGUCUGCGAAAGCAUUGUUGCAGACAUGGGUGAGAGUACACUAUCCAGCUCAGUAUGACAUCUCAAAUAAGUGAGGUCUAUUUUGCUUACAUAUCUCACCCCGAGCCUGUAGAAAGCUCUGAUGAUCCCAAUACUAUUUCCAGCCAUAUGAAGCCCCUCAAUGCCAAUCGAACAAGCAAUCUUACCACCGGCGUAAACAUCCCUGACUUCUGAAGCACCACUAACCAGUUGAAAUGUCUCUGGAUAAGACUCAACCAGUCGGAGGGUUAGAUCGAUCUGCUCAAUUGCAUCUCGAGCCAUGUCUGAGUACUCUGGAGUGGUGAAGUUCUCUGCUGAUCUGAGACAAGGGACACAGACAGACCAGAACUGUCCGCCCACGGCGCCUAGAAACAAGGUCAGCAUCCAGUUGAAGAUGAAGGCAGAUACUUGUGAGCACCUUGUUUAAGACGAGGAAUAUCUGUCAUUCCACGUUCGAAGCCUUUUUCUAGAUCGAAUUUCUCAUUAUUGUGUAUUUGACCAUGGAAACAAGCUCUGGGCUGUUGAGGUAAAUCAUUGUGACCAUCUAUAAGAGGGGUUGUAGCCAAAACUCGUUUGACUCUCUCGUCGAUAGGUAGCACCUGGUACGGAUGCGUGGAUGCCAUUCUGUGAAUGUACUGUGAGAAAUUGCAGUGCUGUAUCUUGGUCCAUCAGUAUCUCACUCCUCUUUAUCAGUCGUCAUUCGGCAACUUUAUCCCGUCUCGGGAAACAGGACAAGUAGCUUUGGAUGUUUCCCGCGCUGCCGCGGAAAACUUUAGUAACCGGAUGGCAGAUAGGCAUAUCCGUAAAGCCUGACGUUGCACGCCUCGGGUAGGACUUUUAUCCCGAGUGAUGAAAAGAUUUAGUCUUCCUCCCCGCGUUUAUCAAGGGCCCAUAUUAAAUUGGGUCAAACAAGGGACCCUUGUAUCACGAUGCCGAUCCCUCAAAUUUGAGAUAACACAAUCAAUAUAAUAAACAGUUCGACCUACCUACUCAGCAUCAGCUGCUCAAUUGAAAAAAUGCCUUGGGCUUUGUUCUU